UUGUAGGAAUUUAUAUUUUAUAUAUAUUCGUGAUUUCAAUUCAUUUUUUGACAAAUUUCUGUUCAACAAUUUGAAAAACAAUGAGUACAUUGGGAAAAGGAAAAAGUUUCAAAUGGCAGAUGUCAUCAAUGGUAGAUAAAGUACGCCGUGGUGUAGCAAAAACAAUACAAGCAGCUUCCGAAGGUGAAGCAUUUGAUACAUUACCAGAUUGUGAUAUUCUUGGGACAAGUAAUCGAUUUGCUAUUAAAAUUUUACCUUCCGAUGAGAAAAAGCCUUCUGCAUCCGGUUUCACACCGAUCCAUUUUGUGAUUAAAGCCAAAAAAGGUAAUCGUCAAAUUGUCUAUAACUGUGAAAUGAUUGCUGCUCAGGGAAUUGUUGUUAAAACAUUACGAGGCAAUACAGUAAUGGAAAUACGACUAUCAGAUAAUUCUCAAAAUUCUAUGGGUAAAAUUUUACAUCCUGCUGGAUCAACUCUUUAUAAGGUUGAACAAAUAAAAUGUCAAUCAUUUGAUCGAAGAUUUGUGAUUUCAAAAUUUGGUGAACCAUUCCUGAAUGUUGUCAAUACACCAAUUACACAGAUUUUCGGAUCAUUCAGCAAUAUUUUGCGAUAUUUCUACCUCAUUAAUGCUGAUCAAGCGUUGGAAUUUUUCAAUUUAAACAAUGAAAAGAUUGGUUUUCUUAGGCCUUCAUACUUUUCAACAGCUAAAUCUAUCAUUAUCAAUUACAGUGAUGAAACAACAGCAGUUCAAGAACGAGCUGCUAUGCUAGGCGCAAGCAUACUCUUUCUAAUUGUUGCUGUUCGACCAGAGUACGGUACCAUGCUCCAGGAUACACUUCAUUAACAUGGAACUAUCGAUGUUUGUUGAAAGUAGCUAAAUUUAUCAUUAUUACAUGAAUUAAACGAAUGAUAGUAUCUUAGUGAUAGAAUUUGGUGCUAUUCAUAAAAUUCUUGCACAGUAUAUCGACAAUUUUGCAGCAUAUUAAUUAUUACACGGCAUUAGAGUAGCAUAUUCUGUCCCAGAAUCUAACAGUAUGUGUUUUCUGUUAUUCCACCAUGAUCUUCCCUUUGCCUUUUUCUAUUUCCCCUGUGACAUCAAUUGAUUGCGAUAUUUUUUGAAUGUGUAUUUAAGAGAAAAAGGAAAGAAAAGUGAUGAAGUAUGUUUCGUCUUCUUCAUCAAAACUCUUCGACUGUGC